UCUUGCAUAUACCUAAUGUAAUAUUUUUUUGCAUACAAUGGUGGUUAAAUUUUUAGAACGUUUACUGCACGCAUAAUAAUGUGCCUUAUAUUUAUUGAUGGAGGUAGUAACGGUUUUUCUCUUGUACUAAAAGGUACUCCCCUGUUCCAAAUUAACUGAAGUUCUACGUAAAUAUAUUCUAUGGUGAAUCUAAUCAAACUAAUUUAGUGCUGUAGAUGUUGAUACCUGAUACAUAUUUUCAUAGACUUGGUCAACGUAAAAAAGUUUCACUUAGGAGAAAGCUAGAACUUAAUUUGUAACAGAGUGAGUACGAUCAUAAGUCUCCAAGAGGUGUUAAGAUAUAGUACUGGUCCAUAAACAGGAACUUGAGGCAAACAAACAAAAAAUGUCCAUAAACUGAAAACUAGUAUGGGAAUCUCAGAAAUUAUGGAGAGGUGGGACAUAGUUUUAGUUUUGGUAGGGUUUAAACAUAGAUGGAUCUGGUUCAUUGAUUAGUCAUUAACCUUAUUCUGGGCUGGCCCAUGCAGUACGUGGAUGACAGUAGCAUCUGAUCCUUGGGCUGGUCUUGAUAUGGCAGUACCAACUGUAAAUCUAUAGUUGAUCUGAAUUCAGGACUCUUCUUUAUUCUGAUCUCUGGAUGAGAUCCAGCUGGUACACGGUUGUUAGCAGUACCGACAAUUCUAUUCCCGUACUGUGGCUUCCAUCUUUGCCCUUGCGUUAGUCUAUUGCAUGGGGCUUGCUUAACUUUUCACUUUGGACAAUCUUUAUGUAAGGCUGCAAGAGUUAGUUGUUCCUUGUUGAGCCUCGCAAGAAAUUGACUGCCAGCUCUCGAUCUAUUCCACAUUUCCACCCUUUAAGUAAAGCCCCUUCACUUGCCAAAGCUGGCAAUUCAGAAGGCUAGCCAUUCCUUAGAAUGGUUGCAGCAUUACUCUGAGAUCAGGUAUCAAGCACAAGAUGUAUUCCCCUCCCUGCACUGCUCCUGGAAACAACGGUGAGCAGAGCUUCGUGGCCGGAGCUAACCCGCUUGCUUUGCUAGACCAUGCCAUGGAUUUCGAUGAGCACACCCUUUAUCCUAUGCACAAUGUAGGGAUGCAAGAUGGGGUUCAGUUCUAUAAUUCCACCACUGGCGCCGAGCUAAGUAGAAAUAUGAGCAUGGAGAAAGGUUUGAAGGGCGGUAAAAGGAAGGGCUCGGGCGAGGGCAGUUCGUCAAUGCAUUCACAGGAGGAAACUGGUGCAACCUCUCAGAGAGAAGUCAACAUGGAUCGUGCUAGUGAGAAAGCAGGUGAUGCUGACAGCAACAGAGAGGACUACGUGCAUAUCAGGGCGAAACGCGGCCAGGCGACCAAUAACCACAGCCUUGCAGAAAGGUUUCGGAGGGAAAAGAUCAAUGAGAGGAUGAAGCAUCUCCAGGACCUCGUCCCAGGUUGCAACAAGAUAACAGGCAAGGCCAUGAUGCUUGACGAGAUCAUAAACUAUGUGCAGUCUCUGCAGCGGCAGGUCGAGUUCCUCUCGAUGAAGCUCUCGGCAGUCAGCCCCGAGCUGAACUGUGAUCUCGACCUCCAGGAUAUCCUAUGCCCGCAAGACGCUCGCUCCGCGUUUCCAGGAUACGGCCCGCGACUGAGCAAUGUUCAUCCUAGUAUGUACAGGGCAGCACCGCCAGGCCUCUCACGGCCAGAACUAUAUGGGAAUGGGAUGAUCCCAAACCCAGCAAAUGUUCAUAUGGCGAGAACGGCUCAGCUGUCUGCAUUCCCCCAGAGAGGUGUCGUCUGGGACGAGGAACUUCGCAAUAUUGGCCCGGUUGCUUUCCCUUCAGACGUUGGCACCAGUAGCUUAGAGAAUUCCGACUCAAUGAAACUGGAGUAGCUAGCCAGCAGCUGACGGUUUACAACGUGCCCUGUUGCGUAGAUCUCCUCUGGCUUAGCGAGUUUAACUGCUGUCGUUGAGGAAUGUACUCUGAAGAAUGUGUGCGUGCGUGCGUGUGACUUUUGUACAGUUUGACUAAGCAAACGGAUGAAGAGUUUGUGGUUCUGUGUAAUGUGCACUAUUUCUGCCUGGAAUUAGUGGUAUAAUAACUGCGUUUGACGAGUUGAUCUA